CCGCCCGCCUUAUAAACUGAGCCGCGCAUCGGGCGCCGCGGGCCCUGCUCAAGGCGGUCGGGGCCGAGAUCCUCCUCCGUUACCUUCUCCGACUCUUCCUCCCUUGGCGAUCCCGCGGGCGGGCGCCCCCGGCCAGGAAAGCCUGUCAGACUCCGGUGACUGAUGCCCAGAUUGGACGACCACUGCUGGAGCUGUUCCUGUGCUAAGGGCGCCAGGCACCGAGGCUCCCCCGGAGCCAGUGCCGGAGGGCUGGCAGCCAAAGUAGGGGAGAUGAUCACCUCGUCAGUGUCGGGGCCUUCCCUGCUGGUGGCCCACAGUGCCCCGGACACGGACCCCUCUCGUGGGCUUCGGAGCACUGGCGCUGGGGGCCGCAGUGAGGGCAGCAGCCACGCCAUCACCUGGCACCACCACCUGGUGCAGAGAAGCCUGGUGCUUUUCUCCGUGGGGGUCGUCCUAGCCCUAGUGCUCAACCUGCUGCAGGUCCAGAGGAAUGUCACCUUGUUCCCCGAGGAGGUGAUUGCCACCAUCUUCUCUUCAGCCUGGUGGGUGCCUCCCUGUUGUGGGACAGCAGCUGCCGUCGUCGGCUUGCUGUACCCCUGCAUUGACAGUCACCUUGGGGAGCCCCACAAGUUUAAGAGGGAAUGGGCCAGCGUCAUACGCUGCGUAGCCGUUUUCGUGGGCAUCAACCACGCCAGUGCCAAACUGGAUUUUGCCAAUAACGUUCAGCUCUCCUUGACGUUGGCGGCCCUGUCCUUGGGCCUCUGGUGGACGUUUGACCGUUCGAGGAGUGGCCUCGGGCUUGGGAUCACAAUCGCGUUCCUCGCCACUCUGAUCACACAGCUGCUGGUGUACAACGGCGUCUAUCAAUACACAUCCCCAGACUUCCUGUACAUCCGCUCCUGGCUGCCCUGUAUCUUUUUCUCAGGAGGUGUAACAGUAGGGAACAUAGGACGACAGCUGGCUAUGGGUGUCCCUGAAAAGCCACACAGCGACUGAGUCUUCAACCCACUGAUUCUGAAGAACAGCAAGAUGUGGGAGGAAACCCACGCUUCAGAUUGUGACAAGAUGAUCUGUUUUCCUCAAUAAUCUAUUUACAUUGGGCUGACUGUACAAAUGACUCGUGGGGGGAAAAAAUCACCUAUUUUAGAAUAGCAAAGUGGGAAGAGUGACUGCGCGCCCUGAAAUGUCACCUUGGCUGUGCUCGCGCCUGCAUGUGCCCUGCAGAGCCUGCGUCCCGGGCUGAGUAUUCGGUGUCACCGGUGUUCUAACAAGCAAGUGGCCAUGCGUCGAAGCCUUGAGCAGAAGCCUGGCUCUCAGCUCUUGUUCUGUGUUGGCGCCCGCAGGGGAGAGCCUGAUGGUGCUUAACCAAGGCGAAGAGUGGCAGCAUAGGAAUAUUUAUCCAAAAGAUUUUUUUGUUAAAUAGGGUUGUGUAGAAAAAGAAAAGCAGCAGCAGCGAACGUACCGGUGUCAGUGCCGAGGUCGUCUCACCCACGCGGCCACACGUGCAUGUCGCAGAGCACAGUUGUGCUGUUUGGACCCGCUUGGAACUUGGUGUAGACAGUCCGAGAGCAGGAGGCCCUGAAAGGUCAGUUCUACACUGUGAAAUACUGGGGUUUCCACCUCGGUGUUUAUUAGGAAGUCUUACCCAGAACCCACAAUCGUCUAAGAGUGAGCGAGCACCUGUCUGCCAUGUGGUUCGCACUUCGUGAGCCACAAUUGUUUCUUUGCUACUCCAGAAUAGAGACGACUCUUUUUUCCCACAGCCCUAUGGAAUCUGCAAUCUGUGAUUGCCUUGUAGGAAAAGGGGUGCGGGUGUCACUGCAUUACACGUUCGGUGUUUCUAAAAACGCAGAGAUGUUGGUGAGGCCAUGUCUCUGGAAUGGUGUAGAGCAUAUCAGACCCGAUUUGCAAGUGUUGGGUCGUUAACUUCAAGUGCAAUGUCUAUGAAAACCAAUCUGAGCCUUGUAGUCUCUUAAAUAUUUAUUUUUUUUUUAACGUACAAGAUGUUAAAGAGGGUUCUCCAUUCAUUUCAGUGCUGCAUGGAGGCAAAAUUCAGCAAUAAUUUCUUUCAGUUGUGAAGUUACUUUGUUGGCGUGCCCUCCACUGAGCCCUUUGAAAUACUCCAGUUUUGUGGGUUUUAGUAAACUUGUAAUUUUUACUUACAAAUUUAUUGGGGUUUUUUUUGUAUUUUGAAAUUUAAGUGUUUCUGGUUUGUUUUAAAUUCUGUGGAAGCAGCUUGAUUAGAAGACCCCUUCAAAUGGGAGUCGGCCGUCAGCAGGCCCAGCCUUGGACGCGUGCACUUGUUUUCGUCACGUGGUGAUCCUUGUUGCAGGGGUUUUGUUGUUUUGAGGGAAAUCACAUAGUGAAUUUUAAGUUACUAUAGCUAAUUUGGUCUAGAGGAAUUUUGUUUAAAAGAAAAUGGGAUCAUUCUGAGCUUUGCAAUGACCCCUUACACAUUUUCUGAAAAUGAAAAUGAGUGAUCAGCUGCAAAGAUUUUUCAAUGAAGUUGUCAGCAUUUUUUGAAAAACCAGAAGUUACUAGCUGAAAACAGUCAUUGAAUCUUUAAAAUAUACUUGAUCUUGCACAAAUAAUAAGUAUUCCUUUCUCUUAAACUGGAAGCAAAUCUGUAUCUGUUAGAAAUAAUGUAGCCAAAAACUGUGAAUCUGAAGACUUUUCGCCAAUUCUUUACAGCAAGUAUAUGAACCAAAGUGACUUGAGUUUGUAAAGGUGUAAAAAAGUGUGAACAGAAUUUGCACUACACCAGAUUGGGACAUCCAGCGAGACUCACAUCAUACUAAGCUGUCAGCGUUGUGUUCUUUUUCCAUUCAUUUUUUUAUUUCUAUUAAAGGUUCAAAACCAA